CUGUACGGAAGCACCACCUCACUCUUCCCGCCUUUUCCCCGUUCCCCAUUCCCAUCUGCCACAAUUCCCCACUUCACCUCGAGCUCCUCGCCAUACCCUAGCCUUCUAGAAGCUUCCAUCCCAUUCAGAGCCCAGGAUGCAGAAGACCUACGUCUCCAUGGUCACACCCCGGCAGCGGGUGCGGUUCGGGAACCGCACGCUCUCCAAGGAUGAAUGGUCGGCCGUGCAGACCCUCAACGACGCCACCAUCGGCGACAUCCGCUCCAUAAAGAAACUCCUAAGGCAGCUGAGGAAGUCGGGGAAAGGCUUGGAGGAGACGCUGGCGGGGAUCAAGCACCUCGGCGGCCGUAGCCCGCUCCACAAUGCGGCGUGGGGCGGCAGGCUGGAGACGUGCAGGUUCCUGGUCGAGGAGCUCUGCCUCAACGUCAACGCGCAUGACGACGAUGGUGUGACGCCUCUAUCAUAUGCAAUAUUUGGUUGUGGAUCUGCAUCAGUUGUAAGGUAUCUUCUUGAUCGUGGUGCUAAACCAAACAAAACAAACACAGAUGGGUUUACCGCACUGCAUUUUGCUACAAUGGCAGGCCCACAAGAAAACUCAGAGGCAGCCAGGUUAUGGGCAGCUAACACCCGAGAUACCUGUGAAAUAGCAGAGUUAUUAUUGUCCAGGGGAGCUUAUGUUGACCCUAUAUGCGAAGAAGGAACACCAUUACUCAUUGCUGCUCGAAACGGAAAUGUGAGAAUGUUGGAAUUGUUGUUGAGGCAUCAGGCAAAUCCUAACACAGUUGUGCAUUUAGUCUAUACACCACUUUCAUAUGCUAUCUCCGCUUCUUCAGUGAAAUGCAUGGAACUACUUAUUAAGGCUGGUGCUGAUGUCAAUGCUGGUAGGCCUGUAACAACGCCAUUAAUAGUAGCUGCGUCCUAUGGCUUCGCUAGCUGCAUCAAGUGUUUGUUGGAAGCUGGCGCUGAUACAAAUAUUCCUGAUGAAUUUGGCAGAACAGCAGCAGAGAUUGCUUCAAUCAAAGGAUGCAUGGACUGCGUUGAGAUUCUUUCCCCUGUCACAUACCCUGUAGCUAUAUCUGCAGGCACCGAUGAUUCUCUCCUCAAUGCAAAUGAUGGAUGUGCCUUGAAAAAGCGAGGGGCUGCUGCAUUUGAGGAAAAUGAUUAUGCUGAUGCGUUGGCUCUCUAUACCAAGGCAAUGGAGAUUGACCCUGAUGAUUCAACCUUGUAUGCAAAGAGAAGCCUUUGCUGGCUGCAUAUGAGUGAAGAAGACAAGGCUUUGGAUGAUGCCUAUACCUACAGAACUAUGAAGAUGGAUCUAUCAAAUUCCUGCUAUGAGCAAACAGCAGCUCUGAUACUAGUGAAGGAGUAUGCCCGAGCAUGUAGAGCACUCGUAUCGGCAUUAAAAUUGGACUUGAGAAGCGACGAUCUGGAUUGAAAUUGGACUUCAGUAGAGAAUUACGUGGUGACGCGGCUGGUGUAGGAACUUGGUACUGUUGCAUCUACUGAGAUUUUGGGUGGCUAGGCUGUCGUCUUCGGACCUGCAUUUUCUUUCAUUGGAGCUUGCCCAUGUUCCACGAAGGAAGAAACCAGAGCGGCCUGAGAUGUAGUAGUAAUAUCUAACGUAGAUAAGUACUCCCUCCGGUCUGAAAAAAUUGACGCCGAGGAAAGGUAACAGCAGCCUAUUGGUAGGCACACUCACGCGUCGAUUAAAGUGGACCGGAGGUAGUAGCUGAAGAUGUAUAUCUAUCGCCUAACAUAGAUAAGUAGCUGGAGACGUACUGCUGGAUUAUGACUUUUGUCUGGUUUAUUGAUGCUCCAGACAGUUUUGUUUAUAAAGAAGUUAGACGGAAAGGAAAAUCGAGACUGGGUCUCUCCUUUCACGAAGCCCCACAUUACAGGCUAUAUGAGCAUCUCCAACAAUUGCCGUAUGGGUAUCCUGGUUUCGAAUUCAUUUCUCCGGCUCGUGAUGAUACCUGAGGGUCAUCAGAGCGCUCUUUUUUCU